AGUGUGGAGCCACCAGCAGAAGGAGUAACCAGAUGGUUUAAAUGUGUGUGUAAUUGUGAGAGUAGACAGCUGUGUGGGCCGUCAUGGCACGAGCCACAAUCAUAUUAACUUUCAUUGGAUCUUUACUUCUUUGUGUCACCUCAGUGCCAGUUAAGAAGUCACGGGAUGUUGACAUCUACAGCUUCCACAUCAAUUCUACGGUAAACAGCCGCUACGCCGUCACGACCAUCACAAGCCGUGUGGCGAACCGCCUCAAUGAGUCCAAAGAGGUUCAUUUCCAGGUGAAGAUACCAAAAAAUGCUUUCAUCACCAAAUUCAGGAUGAUCAUCGAGGGAAAGACGUACGAUGGAGUUGUAAAGCAAAAAGAAGCAGCGCAGCAGCAGUACAGUCAAGCCAUAUCACGAGGAGAAAGCGCUGGGAUCGUCAGCUCGGUAGGACGGACGCUGGAGGAGUUUAAAACCUCGGUGACGGUGGCGGCUCUCAGUAAGGUUACCUUUCAUCUCACCUACGAAGAGCUGCUAAAGCGACGGCUUGGCAAAUACAAGUUACAAAUCAAUGCCCAACCGAUGCAGCCUGUGGCAGAUUUCAAGGUUGACGUCUAUAUCACUGAGCAGUCGGGGAUUUCCUUCCUGGAGGUAAACAGAGGGCUGAAAACACAAGAGCUGUCAAGUGCUGUAAUCAGUACUCUGUCUGCGUCUACCAAAGAGGCUUGGGUGAACUUUUAUCCCACUCGUGAGCAACAGACCAACUGUGAAGGCUGUGGAGAAAAUGGACUAAAUGGAGACCUGUUCAUAGAGUAUGAUGUGAAGAGAAGUAAUCAGAACGGAGAACUGCAGGCACUGAACAGCUAUUUUGUCCACUACUUUGCACCUACAGAUGUUCAGCAAAUCCCCAAAAAUGUGGUGUUUCUCAUCGACCAAAGCGGCUCCAUGCGAGGCAAGAAAAUUCAUCAGACUCGUCUGGCGAUGCUGAAGAUUUUGGGAGAUCUGGCUGAAGACGACUACUUUGGCCUGAUCACCUUUGACAGUACUGUACAUGUCUGGAACCCUGAACUCCUCCAAGCUACGGAGGAAAAUCUGGAGAAGGCAAAGUCCUUUGUGGGGGCAAUUAAAGCUCAGGGAGGCACAAACAUCAACCAAGUCGUACUAAAUGGGGUGGAAUUGAUAAAAAGCCACCCACGACAGGGUUCUGCCUCGAUCGUCAUCCUGCUGACUGAUGGAGACCCCACUUCAGGUGAAACAAACACAGAAAGAAUUCAGGCCAAUGUUAAAAAGGCCAUUGAUGGUAAAUUUCCACUUUACUGUCUGGGGUUUGGAUUUGACGUGAAGUUUGACUUCUUGGAGAAAAUGGCGCAGGAAAAUGACGGAGUCUCACGCAGGAUCUACGAGGACUCAGAUGCUGACCUCCAGCUGCAGGGUUUCUAUGAGGAAGUGGCCACGCCGCUCUUAACCGAUGUCCAACUGAAAUACCCCGGAGCUGCAAAUCUCACCCAGACCAGCUUCAGGCAGUAUUAUAACGGCUCAGAGAUCGUGGUGGCUGGACAAAUCACAGACAACAGCCUGGAAACUUUACAAACCGAAGUCAUCGCAAUCUCAAAAAACACAAAUGUCACGUACCAGGACUCCACGUCGGCAAAAGACCUCAUUGAUGUUUUACCGCAACAUGAAAACGUCAUCCAGAGACUGUGGGCUCAUCUUACAGUGAAACAGCUCCUGGAGAAAGAAGUGGCCCUCACAGGACACGAGAAAGAAGCAGCCAAGAAAAAAGCUCUGGAUCUUUCUCUGAAAUAUGAAUUUGUGACUCCGCUCACCUCCAUGGUGGUCACUAAGCCACAGGAAGAGGAGACACAAGUCGCCCACAAACCCAAGGAAGGUGCAGAGACACCCCCACGUCAGAAGAGCAUCAUAAAUCUCCUAAAGAGCCAACACCACUCCAACAUGGCACACUCUCCACAACUGCAAACAGAUAGAAGCAGUAUAAUGUCCAUUCACGAUUUUACACGUUUGAUUAGAACCGACAAACUUCUGAGUUCGGUAAAGAAACCAGCUCAAGGAUACGAUUCAUCUGCAGAAGACUCUGACCCUCGAGCAAGAGGACUCACACUUCAGUCACGUAUGUCAGAAGACUCUCACCCUCGAGCAAGAGGACUCACACUUCAGUCACGUAUGUCAGCGAGUGGUCUGAGGUUCCUGAUCUCUGCGCAGCCAAAACCGAUCUGUUACGACGCACCUGUAGGUCAUAACCUCAGGCUCCUUUCUGACACCUCGUCAGAUUUCUCUAUGAACGGUCAACUCUCAGAGAAAGGUUUCCAGCUGAUCGUUAUACGUUACAAAACGGCGAAGCUUCUCGUGAGCCCUACCGAAAGUGUCUAUUCUGAUGGAGAGACCUCUGUGAAGCUUCAAUGGGGGCAACCGGCAGCUGACAGACUCGAGUCAGACAGCGUGUCAAUAUUUCUGAGGGACGACGAAUUAGACGUCACCAUGGGAUCCGUGCGUGUGGUUUUUCUCCUCCACAAGAAAGACGAGGAGCUUCUUCUGUGGCCUUCUGUCCGUCAACAACCGAGAAACGAUACGACACGGGGCAUUCUGGGAAAAACUGAACUUCAGUAUAUGGAGUUACCAGGAUCCAAGAUUAAUAUCAAGGAUGAGGAGGUGUUGGCACACUUGAGCUCGGCUACGGACUACAGAAUUCCUGCUGCCCCUAGAGUGCAAUGUUGGCUUGUACCAUUCCGGUCUGCUCUGCAGGGGAAGCUGUCUGACUUCACUGUCUCACAGCUGUAGAACCCCAUGGUAGACAUAAUGAUACACUGAUUUCUGUCUACUGUAUGUAAACGAGGCACUACAGAAAUCAGACCUUUAAAGAUGGCGUGUGGUAAUAAAUAUAAAGUCAUAACUCA